AAAACAACUAGAGCAAAUUUAGGAGAGGGAAGAGAUUCAGAGCCUCACCUGCAUAUUGAAAUGUAUAAGGGGUGUGAUGGUACACAGAAGUCACGGUUCAAUACAUACCUCGGUACGGGGGUCAUGGUUCGAUGCUGGUUCAGCACAACAAGAAAAACAAAUAGGCUUUUAUUUCUCACAGCAUAUGAAUGUCAACGUUUGUAUACCAUUACACUCUUACUAUAUAUAGGUGAAUUUUUUAAACAUGUAAAAUGUGUCACCUACAGCAUGUUUUUUGGAAUGAAAAAGACAGUUCAGUUCACUUCAAUCAGUUAAUACUGUAUAUACAUACCGUAAUUUCCCGAAUAUAGGGCGCACCUAUGUAUAACGCGCACCCCAAAUCUACUUGUAAAAUCUAGGGGAAAUUAUUGUACCCAUGUAUAAAGACGUUAAAGAAUGGAUCAUGUAAUAACGUGUAGAACAUAAAAAGUAACCUCAGUUACUUUGCCUAGUAACUAAUUACUCUUAUGUCGAGGUAACGGAGUUACUAACUUAAUAACUUCUUGGGAGAAGUCAUUUGUAACUUUAAUUACUUUUUUAAAGUAAGAUUAACAACACUGUUGCCCUGCAUUUCCUUAUUUUUUGAAUAAAAUACCUGGUUGAGUAUUUAUGUUCAAGAGUCAUUGGAGAAUUUGAAAAAGUAGCAUAUACGACUCAUGGGCUGCCAGAUGUUCAAUCCAUUUUGACUGGGAGGUAGGGAUGGGCGAUACCACACUUUGAAGAGAUUCUAUAUUGGGGUGGGCAUUUACAAUUUAAUUUAAAUUUACAAUUUACAAUGUAAAUAGACAUGAAAAUAAAGAAAACGCACAAAUAAUGAGGUGUGUCCAAACCUUUGGCCUUUCAAUAUCAAAACUAGCCAUUUUGUGCCACAAUUGUAGCGAACAAAGCGACAAGGGAGGAAUGAAGAAGAUUGACCCGACGUCCCUUUUUUGCGUCACGUCACUCAAACUGUUUACGAGCUCAAGUUAAUCACUCAAUAAUAGUUGUCGUUCGCAGGUACCAGAUUGUAAGUCACCUCGCUCACGCGUUUACAAGGAAGAAGGAUGGCUCUGCACAGUGGGCUGAAGGAGCUGCUGUGGAAAACGCUGAUGGAGCUAGGGGAAGACGACUUCAAGGCCUUCAAGUUCUUCACAGACCUGCCUCAAAGAGUACUUGAAACCCCCAGCCCGGUGGACAUUGCCUACGAGCUGGUGAAGAAACACGGCAAGAACGCUUUGGAGAAGACCAUCAAGAUUCUGGAGAAGAUCAAUCACAAUAACUUGGCCAAAAUGUUGCGUAGCAACACGCUGGAAAUAACAGGUGCCGUCUUCUCCGUCCAUGAUGAUGACCAAAUUGACAGAUUGAAGGAAGGACUGCAAGGCAACCUGCAGAGUUUAUACAGCUAUGUUCCAGAGGGCAACACUGAGCGCUGGCAGCAGCAGCCUCUAGCGGACAGUUACACGGAGCUAGAAGUUACCUACGGGGCUGACGUCAGCCCAGAUGAACGGCAUGAGGUCCUUCAGAUGGAGACGUGUGCCACCGCGGCCAAGGUGUCUAUCCUGCCGUGCGACAUCUUCAAAAGCCCUGACAAGAAGCCGCGACCGAUACGCACGAUUCUCACCGUCGGCUUCGCGGGAAUCGGAAAAACCUUCCUGGUUCAAAAGUUUGUGUGCGACUGGGCCAGCGGAAAUACGAACCAGGACAUACACUUCAUAUUUCCCUUCACCUUCCGCGAAUUGAACACGGAUGAAGGGAAAAGCUUCACGCUGGCACAGCUCAUUCGACGUUACGUUUGCGAGAGCAGGCACAUGAGCGAGGAGACGUUGAACAAUAUAUUUGCUGACCUGCAGAUGUCCGGGAAGCGGGACUACGAAAGCAGCAGGAUCAAGAUCUUGUUUGUCUUGGACGGACUGGACGAGUGCAACUUCAAAAUGGACUUAAAGAAUGAGAUGAAAGUAGACUUGGACGUGACGGAGGCCUACCCGCUGGAGGUGCUCCUAGCGCACCUCAUCAAGAGGAACUUGCUUCCGUGCGCUCGGGUUUGGAUCACCACGCGGCCCGCCACGGCCCGUGAUAUUCCCUCCGACCUCAUCGACAGCAGAACAGAAGUGAGAGGAUUCAGUGAUUCCCAGAGGCUGGAGUACUUCAGGAAAAGAUUCCCAAAUGAAGAGCGCGUCACGAAGCACAUCCAGAAAUCUCGCACCAUCUUCAUCAUGUGCCACAUGCCCAUCUUCUGCUGGCUCACUGCCACAGUUCUUCAGGAUCAUUUGGACAAAGGGAAGGACGGAGAGCUUCCCACAACGCUGACCGACAUGUACUCAGAGUAUGCUUUGAAACACCUCGAAAACUCCAAGGAAAGACAGAAGACAGAGUAUGUCAGUGACGUGAAAGCGCUAGCAAAGCUGGCCUUUCACCACACUAUGAAGAAGCGUCAGAUUUUCUAUGAGAAGGACCUGGCGGACAGCGGCUUUGAUUACAGCCGAGCUGCAAAACACUGCGGAAUAUUCACACAGGUGUUUAAGGAGGUACGUCCGCUGCGGAGAAACCAACAGGGCAAGAUGUUUCAGUUCAUCCAUCUGACCAUCCAGGAGUAUAUGGCCGCACUCCACGUGGUGAUGAGCCUCUUCCACGACAACAAGAACGUACUGGCUGAUUCAGAGCUGCCACCGGAAGGUGUUUUCCAAGAAGAAGAAGAAAAAUCAGAAGAGGUAGAAGAAACAGAAGAAGAAACAGAAAAAUCAGAAGAAACAGAAGAAGAGGAAACAGAAGAUGAAGGUGAUUGGAAAAUCACUGAGGUCCAAAGGUCAGCUCUCCAGAAAGCCUCGGAGAGUGAAGGAAACUUGGACCUGUUCCUCCGCUUCCUCUGUGGCCUUUCUUUGCCGUGCAACCAGGAACUAGUGGGGGAACUGCUGAAGGGUCCUCAGAACUGCAAGCCAAGCAAGUCAAAGACAGUCAGGUUGAUCAAGGAAAGGAUCAAACGGAACCCCCCAGAGAAGAACGUCAACUUGUUCUACUGCUUAAAUGAGCUGAAGGACGACUCCUUGCUGAAGCAGUUCAAGAAGAAAAAACGUUCAAUACGUUUGAGCUGCCAACCCAAGACAAAUGACAUGUGGUCGGCCCUGGCCUUCUUCUUACUGACGGAUGACGAAACCAUGGAGUCCUUUAAUCUGCGUGAAUACGCCCCAUCACCUUUGGGGCUCGAGAAGCUGUUGGUGGUGGUCAAGGCUUCUCAAAAAUCAGUUCUAUUCGGAUGUCGCCUGGACAAACGCAGCUGUCACCUGCUGGCUUCCGUUCUCAGCUCUCCAUCCAACCUGAAGCAUCUGGACCUGAGAUAUAACAAACUGUCGGACGAAGGGGUGGAGAUCAUCUCGAAAGGACUUGCCAGUCCACAUUGUAUCUUACAAGACCUCAAGCUGAACUACUGCAUUAUCACCAAUAAAGGAUGUGUUUUUUUGGCUGAGGCUCUCAAGUUAAGCACCUCCCAUCUUCAAGAGCUGGACCUGAGCUCUAACAACUUGUUGGACGAAGGGGUCGAGAUCCUCUCGAAAGGACUGGCCAGUCCACACUGCAUCUUACAGGUCCUCAAGCUGGAACACUGCGGAAUCACAAAGCGAGGAUGCGUGUUUUUGGCCGAGGCUCUCAAGUUAAACCCCUCCCAUCUUCAAGGGCUGCACCUGGGCAGGAACGGUCUGUCGGACGAGGGGGUCGAGAUCCUCUUGAAAGGACUGGCCAACCCACAUUGCAUCUUACAAUACCUCGCUCUUAGUGAUUGUCGCCUGGACAAAGGCAGCUGUCGCCUGCUGGCUUCCGUUCUCAGCUCUCCAUCCAAAAUGAGGCAUCUGGACCUGAGUCAUAACGAGCUGUCGGAUGAGGGGGUUGAGAUCCUCUCGAAAGGACUGGCCAGUCCACACUGCAUCUUACAAGACCUCAAGCUGGAACGCUGCGGAAUCAUGAAGCGAGGAUGUGUUUUUUUGGGUGAAGCGCUCAAGUUAAACCCCUCCCAUCUUCAAGAGCUGGACCUGAGCAGCAACGUUCUAUGUGAUCAGGGGGUUGAGAUCCUCUCAAAAGAACUAGCCAGCGCAAACUGCAUCUUAAAAGUCCUCAAGCUGGACAACUGUGGGAUCACCAAUAAAGGGUGCGUUUUUUUGGCCGAGCCUCUCAAGUUAAACCCCUCCCAUCUUCAAGAGCUGGGCCUGAGCUCCAACAAUCUGUCGGACGAGGGGUUCGAGAUCCUCACCAAAGGACUGGCCAGCCCACACUGCAUCUUACAGUUCCUGGGGCUAUUCAAUUGUAACCUGGAAAAAGGCAGCUGUCACCUACUGGCUUCCGUUCUCAGCUCUUCAUCCAAACUGAGGCAUCUGGACCUGAGGCAUAACAAUCUGUGGGACGAGGGGGUUGAGAUCCUCUCGAAAGGACUGGCCAGUCCACAGUGCAUCUUAAAAGAACUUUGGCUGAACACCUGCCGGAUCACCGAUAAAGGAUGCAUUUUUUUGGCCGAGGCGCUCAAGUUAAACCCCUCCCAUCUUCAAGAGCUGGAUCUGUGGGGCAAUCAAAUAGGAGAAAAAGGAAAGAGGGUCUUAUUGGACAUCCAUAAGGAUCCCAGCUAUCAACUGAAGACUCUCUACAUUUAAUUGUACAGCUAAGAACAACGUUUGGUGCUUGGCGUCAAGAAGGGCGAGUCCUCCCAAAUGUUCAUUUUUAGAAGACGAGCCCGUUUGGUCUCCUUCAGAUUUAGUUCGGUCCUACAUACUUUUCGACGACGUCAAGAGCACCGGGUGUCGGCGCUACGGGCAAACUGAAUUUGAGGAGGUUCGCCCACUGGUGUUUUGCAGCAACGCCGCUACUGGCCGGUGGAGUUCAAGGGGAAGGUCUAACACUCUGCCACCAAACUGCGACCAGUUGUUUUCUGACAUGAAUUGAAAUAUGUUUACCACGAGUAGACGGCUAAUCCAUUUUGGACUUUGAGGGGUUAUGUGUUCCGUCUAGCUUGUCGUACAAGAGCAGAUGUAGCAAUUUUUGGCCACCUACCUUUGGUAAAGUAACGAAAGACUCUAUUGUAGGCCAAAGUAGCAGAGUAAGAGUAGCAUUUUUUGGUGGUGAAAUGACGCCUAGAAGUACAUUUUUCACCAAAAGUUAGUCUAAAAAAUUAGUCGAAAAGUAACUGUAACGGAAUUAAUAUCAAGCAUUUAUACCCACUUCUGGCCCUCAGAGAAAAACAACACUUUGAGGGCGCCGGACGAGCCCCGCCUCCUCUAGCGUCAAGACUGAAUGAAGAGGAAAAGAAAACUGGAACGCCCUUAGGCAGGGCUCCCCAAACUUUUUCCUGUAAGGGCCACAUAACUUUUUCCUUCUCUGAUGAGGGGCCGGGUCAGUUUGUAACAGAAAAAGUGUGACGAUUGCAGGAGUGCCUAAAUGUAAAAAUUCAUUGUUUUUCAGAAAGCCACAAUCAAAUAACCCUUUCUGAAUUCUUCACAGAACAAAAGUAAAUAAAAUUUAAAAAAAAUAAAAAUAAAUAAUAAUAAAAUAUAUAGGGCUGUCAAAAUUAUCGCGUGAACGGGCGGUAAUUAAUUUUUUAGAUUGAUCACGUUAAAAUAUUUGAUGCGUUUAACGCACAUGUCCCGCUCAGAUUAAAAUGACAGCACAGUGUCAUGUCCAUUUGUUACUUGUGUUUUUGGUGUUUUGUCACCCUCUGCUGGCGCUUGGGUGCGACUAAUUUUAUGUGUUUCAGCACCAUGAGCAUUGUGUAAUUAUUGUCAUCAGCAAUGGCGAGCUACUAGUUUAUUUUUUGUUUAAAAAUUUUACAAAUUUUAUUAAAAUGAAAACAUUAAGAGGGGUUUUAAUAUAAAAUUUCUAUAAUUUGUACUAACAUUUAUCUUUUAAGAAUUACAAGUCUUUCUAUCCAUGGAUCGCUUUAAGAGAAUGUUAAUAAUGUUAAUGCCAUCUUGUUGAUUUAUUAUUAUAAUAAACGAAUACAGUACUUAUGUACCGUAUGUUGAAUGUACAGUGUCAAGUACAGCGUCAAGUAUUUGAUACACUGCCAAUGGGUUUUCCCAUUGGCAGUGUAUCAAAUACUUGUUCUCCCCACUGUAUAUAUCCGUCUUGUGUCUGAUCUUUCCAUUCCAACAAAAAUUUACAGAAAAAUAUGGCAUUUUUUAUAGAUGGUUUGAAUUGUGAUUAAUUACGAUUAAUUAAUUUUUAAGCUGUAAUUAACUCGAUUAACAAUUUUAAUCGUUUGACAGCCCUAAUAAUAACCAAAAAACCCUCUCUGGGUUCUUCACAGAAAAAAGGCAGCAAAUAAAUAACACUAUUGAAAAGAAGAAAAAAAUCGUUCAGGGGGCCGGACCAAAUGUGGUGGCGGGCCGUAUCCGGCCCGCGCGCUGUAGUUUGGGGACUCCUGCCCUUAGGGAAAGUGGACAUCUAUCCAAUAAUUUCAAUAAUUUGGAUGUCAAUGGGCAAUGGGUUGCAAUUGGCAUUUAAAGGCCAAAUUAUACUGGAUGCGUGUCAUGGCCAAUGAAGCAUCUUGUGAAGCUCCGAACCACUUGGCCAAAUUGAUUCGAAAAUACAGUAGGUUCAGUUCAUGAAACUUCAUUACCAGUGGGGUCAUUAUCAAUAUAAAGUGCCUUUUGGUGUCCUCAUCAGAAACACCCAGUUAUCAUGAAAAUGUAUGCAAAUAAUUAAACUCUGAUGUCUUAUUAUUGUAGAACAAAGAUUUUCACACAUCUGUUGAGAGGUCAAUGUGUGUGUUUGUGAAAGAGAGUUUUAGUAAGACCAACAUACAAGGUAAGCAAACAAGCACAACAGUGGCUCUCAAGAUGUACUUAAGAGUCGAGAAACGGCAAAAACAUACAGUAUGUACACAGUAAUCUAGUCAAAUUAAUUUAUUACUUUGUUUCACCAAAGCAGUGUUGAAAGUGCACAGCAUAAUCUUUUCAGUUGUUUUUUUUUUUUGCUAUACAGUGGUAGGAAAAAGUAUCUGAAACUUUUGGAAUUUCUCACAUUUCUGCAUAAAAUCACCAUCAAAUGUGAGCUUUUGUCAAAGUCACACAGAUGGAAAAAAAAAAACAGUGCUUUAAAUAAAACCACCCAAACAUUUUCAUAUUUUAAUGAGGAUAGCAUGCAAACAAUGACAGGGGAAAAAUAAGUGAACCCUAGUAUGCCUAAGGUGACUUAAAGAGCAAUAGAAACCAAUUUUUACCAAACAAUAUAAGUCAAGUUAGUGGCCAAUCACUGAUGAGUGGUUUAAAGCUGCCCUGCCCACUAUAAAACCAGCAUGACAAUGACCCAAAACACACCUCAAAGAUGACCACUGCUCAGUGACGUGCGGUGAGGUUCGUGGUUGGUGAGGCACUGACUCCUUAAGUGUCAGAUUUACAAAUAUAUAACCAAAAAGGAUAGCUUAUUCAAUUAACUACUGGUUAUUUCAUAUCUCAUCAGCAUUCUUCACAAAACACACACACACGGUACAUAUUACAGAUACGUAAAGGUAGAAAAUAACGUGCAUUUGCGCUACACUCUCCAUGUGUUGGAAUUUCCAUCGCAAGUCUUUAGUUCAUACAACAUAAAUGAGUACAGAGUGGUGUACAAAACCACAGAUUUCAAUUUUGACCUUUUGUGAAAUAUUCAGUUGUUUUUAAAACUUGAAUCUGAUACUUAAAUCAAUUUAAUACAGAUUGCUCAACAAAAAGCAUGAAAAGAAAAAGUAUAUUUUAUUUAAGGCCAAAAUUUAGUUUUAAAAUAUUAAGAUUAAAAUGAAAACUGUGGUCUUACCUUUAUUUGUAGAUGAAGUCCAUGCGCCUGCCCUUCGCCACAAAAACCUCAGUUACUUUGUUGUAAAAGUCCUCCUUAUUUUCCUUUAGUUUUAAAAGUCUCUCCGCCUCAAUGGAGAUGAUCGCCAGGGAGGAAAGUUGUCCUGAAUCGGUCCUAUUCCGACUGUAUCACAUCACCGAUUGCUUCAAUUAGAUCGUUCUGUAUUCUAUUUGACAAGCCAGAAAACACAGUGGAUGUGUCCAAAUGUCUAGCUAACCUCUCA